AUGAGGAUCAACGCGAAGAGUCAAGAAAGGGUUACAGUCGAUGGACAAGACAUUGAAGUUGAGGAGUUUAACUAUCUGGGAGCUAUCAUUUGUAAAGAGGGAGGAGGGAUGAAGGAUCUGAAGAAUAGGCUCUCCAAGGCAAGAGGUGCAUUUGCCAAACUCAAAAGAACAUGGAACUCCAAGAGCAUCACAAAGAGAACCAAGUUAAGAUUGUUCAAAACCCUAGUGGUGCCAGUGCUACUCUAUGGGUGUGAAACAUGGAAAAUGAAUAAGGGAGAUGAUAAGCAGAUCAAUGUGUUCCACAAGUGUCUAAGGAGAAUCCUUAAAAUAGAGUGGAAGGAUUAUGUCACUACCAAAGAACUACUCGAGAAAGCAGGCAUGAAGCCUUUGAGCAAGGAGCUAUGUAGAGGAAAGAAAGAGGAAAGGAUGGAAAGCGAGAACAGACAAGAGAAAGCAGUGGCUGCAGUGGCGGCUGGUUAUCGAGGGUUUGAUCCUGAAGCUUACCUGAAGUACAAUUACACACCACCACGAGCAGACUUCAGCCGAAGUGACAGCAUCGUACCAUGGAAGCUAAACUGCCUUCAUAAAGCUUUCAAUGAGGAUACCAUUAAAGGAGACAUUCUGGUGGAUAUUGGUUCUGGUCCAACUCUGUAUCAGGUGAUGAGCGGCUGCGAACAUUUUAAUCGAGUCAUAUUAUCUGAUUUUUUGGAAGUGAAUCGGAAUGAAUUGAACAAAUGGCUCAAGGAUGGACAGAGUAACUUUGAUUGGACCCCUUACCUGAAACACGUGUGCGAGCUGGAGGGACGCAGUUCCACAGCAUGGCAAGAAAAAGCAAAGAAGCUUCGCUCAGUGGUGACUGACAUUUUUCCUGUUAACGUUCACCACCCGUUCCCAUUACCACCCGGAUCUUUGCCAGCUUCCAGCGCUGACUGCCUCGUGUCCUCCUUCUGCCUUGAAAGUGUGAGUCCUGACAUUUCCUCGUUCACUCGUGCACUGACCAACCUGUCCAGCCUCCUGCGUAACGGUGGUCACCUCCUGCUCAUUGGAGCUCUGGGGGAGAGCUUUUACAUGGCAGCUCCUGAUGUUCGGAUCCCUGUUGUGCCACUGGAUGAGGCUCAGGUUUGCGCAAGUCUGAGCGCCAGUGGCUUCGAUCUCCUGCAACUCAGUGUGUAUCGAUUAACACCAGACAUGCAGGUUGGAGUGGACGACGUCAAAGGCGUGUUCUUUGUUAAGGCUAGGAAACCAUAAAAUAAUAAUGAUCUAGAAUCAAACUUUGACUAAAGGAACGUGUUUAAAAUAAAGUAUUUAAAAUUCCUGGGAAAUAAAUAA